AUGACGGGACGCAGACAAAACGGGCCACAAACACAGGAGAAGCGUCCACCUCUUACGCAUUUUCUAUGUCUCCCGUUGAUCAAUAUCAGCUCCACCCCACAGCUAGAAGCAUCAAUAGCUGUCUUUAAAAAGGACAACCCACCAGUCCCGGUUGCAGAGCUCCUCCAAAAACGCGACCAGUCGUCAACCGAUCAUGGCUCAGAGUCGUCACAGCCCCUCAUUCCCGAGGGUGCGGUUCGUCCCCUGGGCACGCUUCACCUGACGCUCGGUGUGAUGAGUCUCCCAAGUGAAGAGCGUCUCAACGAGGCCAUCUCUUUCCUGCGUUCGCUCGACCUAGUCAACCUGAUGCAUGAAGCGGAGCGCGUGGCCCUUCAAAAGGAAAAUCGAAAUACCCGCCAAGACCCUACAUCUACACCAAAGCACCGGGUAAACCAAUCUCAACAUCAACUGACCAUCUCUCUCGAAUCGCUACAUGCACUACCCAAUGCAAAGGCCGCUACUGUUCUACAUGCCUCACCCGUCGAUCCUACAGGACGUCUGUACCCAUUUUGCCUGAUGCUACGGGAUAAAUUCGUCGAGGCGGGUUUCCUGGUCGGCGAGCCGAAAGCGAAACAGAAACAGAAUGAGAAAGAGAAGAAUAAGAUGCAGAAAAAGCCUGCAGAAAAAGCCGAGGCAGAUGACGACAAGCAGAAUCACACACAAUCAAGAUCCACUGGUGUCUCAAAAAAAGCGGAGCUACUACCUGACCUUUACACUGCCGCUCUGGCUCGGCAAUCGAAAUCACGGCCACUCCUCUUGCACGCGACGAUCGUCAACACGAUUUAUGUGCGGGGGCGACCGAAGCCCAGGCAUGGCUCUUCAAAUUCUGCCAACAAAGGCAGGCAUAUGCCUCAGCGCUUUGAAUUCAAUGCACAGGGCCUUUUAGGACGGUAUAAAGAUUAUUAUUCCAAUGAAGCGAGGACAGUGCCCCGCGUGCAAGGGCCCCCUUCCCCCUCCACAUCAACAUCAAAAUCAAAAUCUACGCCGACUCAGCCGCAGUACCCUUUCCUCUGGGCGAAAGAGAUUCGGAUCGGUACGGUAGAUAUUUGUGAGAUGGGAGCGAAGAAGCUUGCUGUUGGUGGUGAUUUUGGCAGGAAUGCACGGCUCGGGGAGAAGUAUGCCGUUGUUGCGAGCCAAAGUCUAGAUUCCACUGGCAGAUGA